AUGGAAUACUUGCCGGCGCCGGAAAAGACUCAUGCCGCCGGAAAACCUUCCGCAGCAGCAGCGGCGGCAGCGGCGGCGGCGGAGCAGAUGAAGAUCGUCCUCCUCUUAACCUCGUCUGGCUCUCACCUCCUCGCGGCGCUGUCGCCGAACGGUCUCACGCUGCUUGCUUUCAAAUCCUCCCUCUGGUGAUCCCUCCGCCAGCCUCGCCGGCUGGGAAGAGGCCGAUGGGGAUCCCUGCCGGUGGCCUGGAGUCUCCUACAACAAUGUCGCCGGCUUCGCCUACUCUCGCGUCGUCGUCCUCACCAUCUCCGCCAAGAAUCAAUGCGAGUUCCUCGGGUUUUCCUAUUUAACUGCCGUAAAUUCCUCAUCUUAUUCUCCCACACAGCUCAUAAGAUUGUCUCUUCGUUAUUCGUUUUUGUUAGUUCUGUGACCUUGCUGUUCUUUUAUUUCUGAAGACGAAUUCCUUGUGAUUGUGGGUUUAGGAUGGUAGAAGCUGCUGUUCAGUUUUCUCCCACAAAACCACCUGCCGCAGUGGGCGGGGGAAGCAAAGGAGCAGAAUACAGCUUCUAUUGCUACUACCGUGAAGGUGAGUUCAUCUUCACGCAUUAGAAAGAUAUUUAAUACGGCCGAUGGAGAGGUUCAGCCCUAGAUUUGUAAAUGAAAGGAAGCCAUAAUCUAGUAUAACAGAAAGAUUUAGAAGCGAAAAAUAGAGGCUCAAUUUUUUAUUCAAAAGAAGAAUCUGAACUGUCUGUCGUUCCUGACAAAAAUGUGGUUAAUGAAAUUGAAGAAAGCAAGGACAAAUUCUGGAAUGUAUCAUCUUCCUCUUAAAUUGGUCCACUUUCUUCUAAAAAAUCGUCCCUGAAUUUAUUUAUAAUCUAUCUUUUGUUUCCUUCCCUGGCAUUGUCAUAGUUUGCCCCCCUUGGGACAGUUCUUGGCCUGUCUAUUGGCAUUAACUUGGGUCUCUGUGCCAUUAGAAACAUCCAGCUUAUAGAAUGAACCGUGCAGAUCAAAUUCUGGAUGAAUAGCAUGAGACAUUUCUCUUCAGAUACUAUUAUCACCGUCAGUUGCUCUGUUUUAUAAUGUACAUGGAUGGCAAAAGUCCACACAGCCUAACUUUAUAGAACUUGUGCCAAUUUUGAUUGCAUGGUAGUCCAUCGUAAAACCUUUUAAAAAUGAUAGCUUUUCUAUUCAAGAAGUUGCCAAGCCUGAAGUAGUUGUUCCUAAACGGCUCGCUGAUCCCAGAUUGGCAUACCGAAGUUGCUAAGCCUGAAGAAGUUGCUCUAAAACGGCUCGCUGAUCCCAGAUUGGCUAUGGACAACAUCCAGCUCUUCUUUCCUUGAAGAGUUAUCCUUGAUAGUGAAAGUGAGGAGGCCAGAACAAUCAAGUUCUGGCGGCGACCAGUGGCCCCUCAAUCUCCCUGAACUCGUACUUAUACGACACUGGUCUGGGUCAAGACUCGACUGCGGCGCUCUACAUCCAUACCUGUAUCUAGGUCGCAGAUCCUACAAAGGGAACGAGAUGAUCUGCUCCCGCGGCGGGUUCCCGCAACUGGAGUCCCUCUUACUCAGCUUCACUAAACGAGUUAGAGAGGUGGGUAGCUGAGGCUGCGGGCCAUGCCCCGCCUGAGGAGAUUGACGAUCAAGAACUGCAGAAACUUGGCAAUGAUUCCGAAGGGUUUCAACACAUGGCUGCUUUGAAGGAACUCGCUUUGAUGUUUAUGUCCCAUGAACUCUGUUCUAGAACUCAAAAAGGAGAGAAAGGACUGGCCCAAAAUCCAACACAUACCUUCAAUCACCAGCUGACUCUAAUUGAAGUCAACAGAAAUUUGCAUGUUUAUUAUUUAGAGGGAAGAUUGUCCUUUGUCAUCAUUUAAUACUCCCCAAUAUCAUGCAUUGCAUACUUGCUAUAUUUUACUCCAUUAGAAAGGAAAUUUUCAUAAGAUUACUGAGAGAAACAACUCGAUAUCAUGCACCUAAUUAGGACCGAAGAAAUAUCCAUCUUUGCUAUUUUAUUCUUCAUAAAAUCAGGUCUCUUAGUGUUCGUAUCUACUUUUUGUGGGGGGGCCUCCACGUCCCACCACAAAAGAAGAAGAGAAAAAAAUAAAAUCCAACUCUCUGCCUAGAAUGUUUGACUUUGGCAUUGAUGCUUUUGAGUAG